AUGUCUCCUCCUGUAGCCACAGACGCCACCUUCUCGCACAACUCCAAUGGCGUAGUCUCGUCCACCUCCGUAGAUCCCACGGGCACCGUGCUCGUCAUUGGUUCCAUGACUUCCGCCCAGAGCGGCGCAUACCAAAAGGCUGUCGAGGCAUACUCUGGCCGUCAAGUUGAGAUGCACAUGGUCGAUCGUCUCACUGAUGGUGCCACCUCUCUCACCCCCAGCACCUACCCGAUCGCUCAUCUCACGGUCCCCUACUCGGAUGCCGCCUCUCCCCUUCUCCUGUCCAGCGUUCAUUCGGCCCUCCAGCCCAACGCCAAGAUUAUCGUCGAGGCGGCAGAGCUCGCGGACGCCACCACCGCGCAGAAGGUCAAGGCGGAGUUGACCAUUGCUGGUUUCUCAAACAUCGAGUUCGACAACGCUGGCGUCAUGUCCGCGACCAAGCCGGCCACUGCUGCUUCGAGCUCCUUCUCCAUCGGCUCUUCCUCCAGCACUUCGUCAGCGCUUCCUCUGCGAAGGAAGCUCGGCGGUAGCGCUGCGUCCGCCAAGAAGUCGCUGUGGGCCACUCAGCCCGCCUCAUCCAAUGACCUGAUCGACCAGUCCUCCCUCCUUCGAGACGCCGACUUCGUCGCUACCACGGCGGUCAAGCGCCCCGACUGCGACGUGGGUCCUGGCCAAGGCAAGAAGAAGAAGGCGUGCAAGGGAUGCACCUGCGGUCUCCGCGAACUCCAGGAAGAGGAAGACCGCGCGGCCGCAUCCAACGUGGUGCAGCUCGACACGGAGGACAUGGACAUGCCUGGCGCCGACCCCGCGGCCAACGGAGGAAAGAGGACCGAGGUCACAGAGACCAUCAUUGGCAAGGACGGAAAGCCAAAGACGAUCAAGCGUAUUCAGGUGGACACCAAGGGCGCGACCAGCUCGUGCGGAAGCUGCUUCUUGGGCGAUGCGUUCAGGUGCAGCAGCUGCCCGUACUUGGGACUGCCCGCGUUCGAGCCGGGUCAGAAGGUCGAGAUUCCUGUUGGGAUGGAUGAUGACAUUUGA